AUGCAACUUCCGGAAGGUACCUGUUGCUUCUUUGUAUUCUCAACCAUGGCUAAAAAUAGGACUAAGCGUGAAUUGAUUUCUCAUGAACCAAGCAGGAGAGCAACCUUCAAAAAUAGGAAGGCAAGUUUCUUCAGAAAGCUGAAUGAGAUCACAACUUUAUGUGGUGUUAUUGCAUGCGCUGUUAUUUACAAUCCUUCUGAUACCAAGACGGACGUGUGGCCUUCUCCACAAGAAGCAUUUUAUGUGCUUGAAAAAUUCAGGAAUUUAUCUGAAGAAAGGCGAGGCAAGUUCAUGGUGGAUCAAGAAUCCUUUCUCAAGAACAAUAUAUCUAAGCUGAACAGACAAUUGGAAAGAGCGAGAUUUAAGAAUCAAGAACUUGAUGAGAAGCUACUUUUGAUUGAAUACCUAGAAGGUAAGAAUUUUCUUGAUCCUGGUCGCCUUGAAAGUUUGAACGGACUUGAUCAACAAUUGGAUAAAAGAAUUGAUUUCAUUACUAAUAGGAUUGAGUUCUUAGAGGGUCUGAGGGGCAACCAAGUCGAUGCUGAACUCGAUUCUGAUGGGAUGGCGGUCCGUGGUAUUAAAGGGGGAGUCGUUGGCGACAACCAAGGUUAAUUUAUUGUCUGUUGGGGGAAGUAGUAGUGCAAGCCAUUCAAAAUAAAUUGUGAGCAGAGUGUAGGUGUUGAAUGUUGAUGAAACAGGUAUCUUAUUUACCUACAAUUGCCUGAAUGUACUUUUAUUUUUGUUUACCUGAAUAAACGCAGUUUUUGUCUA